UCUUUGGCAGGAGAGAGACCAGACUCUCACGCUGACAGCGGGAAGAGUCCUACAGCGGAACCAGACCCAGAGACGGCCAAACCAGCGAGACAACACCACUGCUUCCAAUGUGAAAAGAGAUUUUCCCGAUCAGGGGACCUCAAAGCUCAUGAGAGGACACACACAGGAGAAAAGCCUAUCCAAUGUUCCCAGUGUGGAAAGAGUUUUACCAUGUUAUAUAACCUGAAAAGGCACGAGAGAAUACACACAGGAGAAAAGCCUUAUCAAUGUUCCCAAUGUGGAAAGAGUUUUACUCAGAUAGGGCACCUAAAACAGCAUGAGAGAAUACACACAGGAGAAAAGCCUUAUCAUUGUUCCCAGUGUGGAAAGCGUUUUACUGUGUCAGCUAACCUGAAAAUACAUGAAAGAAUACACACAGGAGAAAAGCCUUAUCAAUGUUCCCAAUGUGGAAUGAGUUUUAUUCAGUUAAGGAGCCUGAAGGAGCAUGAGAGGACACACACAAGAGAAAAGCCUUAUCAAUGUUCCCAAUGUGGAAAGAGUUUUACUCAGAGAGGGUAUCUAAAAGUGCAUGAGAGAAUACACACAGGAGAAAAGCCUUUCCAAUGUUCCCAGUGUGGAAAGAGUUUUACCUGCUUAAGGAGCCUGCAGGAGCAUAAGAGAAUACACACAGGAGAAAAGCCAUUCCAAUGUUCCCAUUGUGGAAAGAGUUUUACUCAGAGAGGGUAUCUAAAAGUGCAUGAGAGAAUACACACAGGAGAAAAGCCUUACCACUGCUCCCAGUGUGGAAAGGGUUUUACCUGGUUAAGGAGACUGAAGGAGCAUAAGAGAACACACACGAAAAAAGCCCCACCACUUCUCACUCUCUGUGUGGAAGGACAAUUUCCCAGUCAGAGAACCUGAAAUCACAUGAGAGAAUAGAGAGGCUGUGUUCUGACUUAUGUUUUUAACUGACAAUUUGUGUUUUUGUCUAUGCCACAUGAAAUCAUUUUGUUUAUAUGAAUUCUUACUCAGAAAUAGGCAUAUUUUUGUUUUUUCACCUCGAGGCCUGAUCAUAUCUAAAAUCAGAUUAAAUACUAUAAAAUGUGUGUUUUGUUUUGGUUAUGAACUUUAAUGCAUUGGUUACAGGUAUAAACCCUCAGUUGUUCAUUAUAUUAUUUGGAUAUUGCUAAAUGUAAAUUAUUAUAUAGAUGAAUGGAACUUUGCAUUUCUUGAUUCUAACCUUGAAACCUAUAGACUUUGAUUUGAUAUAUAAGAUUAGGCUUUUGCUAAAUGAAUUUGAUUGAAAUUGAUUGGAUAUAUGAUUUGGAUAUUGCAAAAUGAAUUUGAUUACAUGAUUUGGAUAUUGCAAAAUGUAAAUGAUGAACUAGAUUCAUAGCAUGUGCAUUUCUUGAUUCUAACAUUGAAACCUUUUGAAUUUACUUGUGUUUCAUUUAGUUAAUUUGUAUAAUAAAGUCCUCAAGCUAAAGGUGUAUGAAAAUGUGAUGUUCUGAUAACAUUGAUAAGUUGUUAACAUGAAAAACAUCCACUACCUCAUGACUGUUUCCAUCAGUAUUAUUCCACCAUGUCAGAGAGAACUGGUGCUGAUUGUAAAAAUGAUUUUAUUAAUGCAGCGUAAUUUUAUCUGAAUAGAAAUAAAAUCACAUGAGAGAA